UAUACCUUGAAAUUGACAUUAUUUUUAAAUUGACAGUAAAUAAAAAAAGGCUCCACUGGAGUGAACGGAGAUUACGUGACUCUCAUUAAACGGCUCUGGUUUUGACUGCUGGGCUUUCAGUGUAACAACAAUAACGUCCGGCCUUCAAAAACAUUCGUUCCCCCACUUGUUAGUCCCUAAAUAUCGCUCUAUCCUUUAAGCACUGCUACUCUAAAAUUCAUUUUCAACUUCUAGUAUAAUCAAACAGCCGAUAAAUAGAUUAUAAAAGCACUUUAAACAACAUUAAACCGACCCAUUAUGGGACAUUUUAACCGCUAUGUGCUACGCUCGACUGUUCUUCCCACGGUGGAAUCGGGGAGGGUGGGACCAAUUUAAGCGACGCACACUAUGACGUCACUUCCGUAAACAGGGAUCUUUACCAUCAAAUGUUCUACUAGUUAAAUUACACGCAGCGGUUUCAUGAUAAAGACAAUAAAACAGUUUUUUUUGUUUGUUUUUUUUGUUUUGGCGUAUCUAUUUAGGGUUUCUUUGUCAGCUUUGACGUGCAAGCGUUGCCUCCUCCUCCUCCUCCUCCUCCUCCUCCAGCCCUGCGUCGUGCCGUGCCGGGCCGUGCAUGUGACGGGGGUUGGGAGGGGAGUUGUUUUGGGGAUGGUGGGCUCCGGGUAUCGCGUCUCUCGGCUCGGCUCCUGGACAUCCUGCUCGCAUACUGUCGCCUUCCAUGCAUGAGAAUGAAACAAAGAACAUCUCGUCUUGGCAGCUGCUUAUAAGUCGGAUUCAUAGCAGGUGUUGUCAUCGCUGCAGCCCCCCCUCCCCUUGGUAAACAUAAGGGCCUUUCAGGUGUCAGAUUCUGUGGGUAUAUGUGGGUUUCUUUUUUUUUUUUAAUUUUUAUUGUGAAAAGAUGAUCUGAAACACAUCUAACUUAUGUGUCCAUUAGACAGGGUGCGUGGGGUUUCCAUAGGUGCAGAUGGUGUUUGUGUGUUGACAUGAUAACAGCUUGGCAUCUGCAUCAGUUUUGUCACACUGCCAUGUCAAAUUAGCAGACGUCCCCUAACCCCCACCCCCACCCCCACCACCCAGAAGACAGUGAGUAGCUAUGGCCGAACAGGAGCUCUGUCCUCAUCUGGAUUCCAUAGGAGAGGUGACCAAGGAGGACCUCCUCCAGAAAUCCAAGGGGACUUGCCAGUCUUGUGGAGCAGGGGGCCCGAACCUGUGGGCCUGUCUGCAGAGUGACUGCCCAUAUGUUGGUUGCGGCGAGUCCUUCUCUGACCACAGCACGCUGCAUGCGCAGGCUAAGAAGCACAACCUGACUGUGAACCUGACGACGUUCAGGAUCUGGUGUUAUGUGUGUGAGCGGGAGGUGUUUCUGGAGCACCGGCCUGCUCUGCUGCCUGUACCGGCUGCUCCCCACCACUGUAAAGCCACGGAGCAGGAAGCAGCUCCUCAGCCAGUAGGUCACCCACUAAAAGCAGUACCAAUUGCUGUGGCAGAAGAAGACGGUUCAGAGUCAGAAGAGGAUGAGCUUAAACCCAGAGGCUUGACAGGAAUGAAAAAUAUUGGAAACUCCUGCUACAUGAAUGCGGCUCUUCAAGCGCUGUCCAACUGUCCUCCUCUCACUCAGUUCUUCCUGGACUGCAGCGGGUUGGUCCGCACUGAUAAGAAGCCUGCUCUCUGUAAGAGCUACCAGAAACUCAUCUCAGAACUAUGGCAUAAAAAACGGCCCAGCUAUGUCGUGCCUACCAGUCUGUCUCAUGGCAUCAAACUAGUAAACCCCAUGUUCCGUGGUUACGCUCAGCAGGUAGGGGCAAGCACCCAGCAGGACACCCAGGAGUUCCUUCGCUGUCUGAUGGACCAGCUACACGAAGAGCUGAAGGAGCCUCUGACGGAAUGCAGCAUGAGCAGGGAGGGCAGUGACGUUGAGGACAUAAGAGACGGAGACCGCUCGCCGUCUGAGGAUGAAUUCCUGUCCUGCGACUCGGGCUCCAGCAGUGACCGUGGGGAGGGAGGAGGGGCGGGUGACACCGAGCUGCUCCUGCAGGAUGUGUGUGACGGGGUUAGGUCACCGGCAGGAGGGAUUGUGGGCAUCAGCGCCGGCGGGGUGAUCUCAGAGAAGGAGAGGUUGAAAGAGAGGAGGGUGUCCGGCUCGCCACUCCAUGGAGGCUCGCAAGAGAUGGAUGAGGAUGCUGAUGUAGAUACGGCAGCUGAGGAGGGGGCUCCUGAGAGGGGAGAGGAAGAGGAGUUAACGCCAGCCACAAACCCUGAGGUCCAAAGCCUAGAGAACAACCAGUUAUCUGAUACUGGGCAAGGGCAAGACCACAGCAGGAACACCUCAGAGCCAGACAAUGAAGCUUCAAUGACCCAGCCCCAGUCCACUCCCUGCAGUCCUGUGCGAACCCUUCAGGAGCUGCAUCCUAAACUGUCCUCCAGUCCACCUCGCUCCAGCCCCCUCCGCUCUGCAGGGCCCGUGUACGCCUUCAAAAAAGCCCAGCUGCAGCUCAGUGCCAGGAAGAAGAAACAGUCUCACUAUCGCAGCGUGAUCUCGGACAUCUUCGAUGGCUCCAUCCUCAGUCUGGUCCAGUGUUUGACCUGUGACAGGGUCUCUACUACAGUGGAAACCUUCCAAGACUUGUCCCUCCCUAUUCCUGGUAAAGAGGACUUGGCCAAGCUCCACUCAUCAAUACAUCAGAACCUUCCAGUCAAGACGGGAUUGAGUCCCGACACCUAUGGCUCACAGGGGUGGAUCUCCUUCAUCAUGGACUCCAUACGCCGGUUCGUAGUCUCAUGUAUCCCCAAUUGGUUCUGGGGGCCCAUGGUGACGCUGGAGGACUGCCUAGCGGCCUUCUUUGCUGCAGAUGAACUCAAAGGGGACAACAUGUACAGCUGUGAGCGAUGUAAAAAGUUGAGAAAUGGUGUCAAAUAUUGCAAAGUACUUAGACUUCCAGAGAUUCUGUGCAUUCACCUGAAGCGUUUCCGGCAUGAGGUCAUGUAUUCGUUCAAGAUCAACAGUCACGUGUCCUUCCCGUUGGAGGGCCUCGACAUGCGGCCGUUCCUGGCCAAAGAUAGUCCAUCCCAAGUCACCACUUACGAUCUGCUGUCAGUCAUAUGUCACCACGGCACUGCAGGAAGCGGGCACUACAUAGCUUACUGUCAGAAUGUGAUCAAUGGCCAGUGGUAUGAGUUUGAUGACCAGUACGUCACGGAAGUCCAUGAGACGGUGGUGCAGAAUGCAGAGGCCUAUGUGUUGUUCUAUAGGAAAAGUAGCGAGGAGUCGGUGAGAGAGAGGCAGAAGGUUGUGGCUCUGGCCAAUAUGAAGGAGCCCAGCCUGCUGCAGUUCUACAUCUCCAGAGAAUGGCUGAACAAGUUCAACACGUUUGCCGAACCCGGACCAAUCAGCAACCACACAUUUCUUUGUCAGCACGGAGGGAUCCCACCUAAUAAAUACCACUACAUAGAUGACCUGGUUGUGAUUGUUCCCCAGAACGUGUGGGAGUACCUUUACAACAGUUUUGGAGGCGGCCCAGCAGUGAACCACCUGUAUAUGUGCGCCAUCUGCCAGGUGGAGAUUGAAGCUCUGGCUAAGCGCAGGAAAACAGAAAUAGACACCUUCAUCAAGCUGAACAAAGAGUUUCAGGCCGAAGAGGCUCCAACAGUGAUCCUGUGCAUCAGCAUGCAGUGGUUCAGAGAGUGGGAGGGUUUUGUGAAGGGCAAAGACAAUGAGCCACCUGGUCCCAUCGACAACAGUAAAAUCGGUGUUAUGAAAGGAGGGCACAUACAACUCAAACAGGGUGCAGACUACGGUCAGAUCUCAGAGGAGACUUGGCAGUACUUGUUGGGUAUUUAUGGCGGAGGCCCUGAGAUCGCAGUGAGACAGACCGUGGCACCGGCUGACCCGGACAGCCUUCAUGGAGAAAGGAAGAUCGAGGCAGAAACCAGAGCACUUUGAAGAAAAAAAAAAGAGGUCUUCUGACUCCACUUUCCACUCCUGCCCUCGCAGGAAGCCGAGGAAUUUUGCACCUUGGUGAAGAAGCCUCGUCGUGAGCACUUUGUAAAUGUAGCAACGCAUUAUUCCGAAGCCGUGUUGCAAGAGGGUGAACCGGUACUUAAAUAUCACGUAGUUUAUUUAUUGAAUAACUCUGAUCCUUAAUGUUAAGGUGUAAAAAAAAUAAAACGUUGUGUCACAUCUCUGGAGCUGUUUUUGGUAGCUAUGGUGUUUCAGUGGCUGCUGUAGACUAACUGUCAGAUACUGCUAAACUCGCACACAGCUGCUGGUGUCGUGAGCCGGACUGCUGAGGAGGAGGAUAGAGCUAAAGUGUGAUGUUUGGUUCAAAGCUUUUCUUCUUCAGUGGAAGCUACAACCAAACUCUCUGUUGUUUGCCUGUUUACUUGUUACAUAGCAACACGUUCGGACAUAAAGUGAGAGAUAGUGCAUAAAUCAUAGAACUCUUGCACCUACAACCUUAAACACACAGUUUAACUGAGCCCUCAGGAAUGGAAGUCUUUUUGUUCGGUUUAGCAGGUAAAAUGGUCAGAUUAAGGAACUUUAAA